GACCACAGAGUAUGAUAUGAUCAUUGAUCACGGCCAUUCACGAUUCACAACAAAAAUUCGAGUAAUUUUUAUUGAUAUUUAAAAAUAAAAUAGUGUGCCAGCUAACUCUUAACCCAAAAUGUCGGAAAGAAAAGUAUUAAAUAAAUACUAUCCUCCAGACUUCGAUCCUUCUAAAAUUCCUCGUAUGAAACUAGCGAAAAAUCGCCAAUAUACAGUUCGUCUAAUGGCUCCAUUCAAUAUGCGCUGUGCUACUUGCGGCGAAUAUAUUUAUAAAGGGAAGAAGUUCAAUGCUCGAAAGGAAGACGUUGAGAACGAAGAUUACCUUGGCAUAAGAAUAUACAGAUUUUAUAUAAAAUGCACUCGCUGUCUCCAAGAAAUAUCAUUUAAGACAGAUCCAAAGAAUACAGACUACGAAAUAGAGGCGGGUGCUACAAGAAAUUUUAUGGCUUUAAAACUGGCUGAGGAACAGGCUAAAAGAGAGGAAGAGGAACAAAAAGAGGAAGAAGCAAAUAAUCCCAUGAAAUUAUUAGAAUACAGAACAGAACAAUCCAGGCAGGAGAUAGAGUUGCUAGAAAGUCUUGAGGAGCUAAAGGAGCUGAACCGGCGGCAGAGAACAGUGGACUAUGAGGGCUUGCUUAAGCAGUACCAGCCUGAGACUGCUGAGGAAAGGAAGGCCAGGGAGGAACGAGAGGACAAUGAAUUCAUCAAAUCUGUGAAAUUCAACAAUACAACCAAACACAAAAUAGUAACAGAGGAAAUAAUUGAAGAUGUGAAAGAUGAUGAAGAACCAAAAGUCAAGCAUAUUAAAAUCGAAACUGUGACAGCAGAGAAACCAGUAGAACCUACUUCUAAGAAAAAUGAAUCAUGGAAUCGGAGUAUAGGUGUGAUUUCUAAAAAACCAGCAUUAGCAAAUCUUGUAAGGACCAAGAAAGCAGAGGAAUCUUGUAGUGAAAAAGUGCAAAAAAUGGCAGAAAAAGUGCAAAAAGAGACCAAUGCGUCAGGACAAAGUAGUGAAAGUGUAUCUGUUCCAUCAGGUCUAUCACUGUUGGCGAAUUAUUCAGGAAGUGAUAGUGAUUCACAGUGAGUGAUUUAUUUAUUUUGUAUUUUAAUUUUAAUUAUAAGCAAUAUAAUAUAAUGCAUGUUUUAAAUUAUGGAUCUGUUUUUCUCACUGAA